CUGCUGUUACUUUCGAAGAGCUGCGUGACGAGAGUUACUGAGUGAUUGUGCCAGUUGCAACUCGGCCGUACGUGCGCCCGGCCUUCGAGGUCCGUCAGCCUUCUACUGAGCAUGAAUUAAACUUCACCGCUUUACAUAAUUACGCUUAUUUGCACAACACUUCAAGAACCCACAGUAGCCAAUCGGUGCGCAAGAAGGCGCUCGCGCAUAUAUCACCUCUGCAAUUGCCUGCAAGUCUGAUAGAUGCCGAACUCGCCUCGCGCUGACGCUGUUGCCCAUUACGAGCCAGUGCGCUCUUCGAUAGAGUAUGUUCCAAGGAGGCUGCGGAAAGGCCUGCAGACGCCGCCUGCCGACGGGGCUGGGCUGCUCAACGCCACGCGCAACCUGGUCCGUCCUGCGAAAGGGAAGGGUGCCCCACCACCGGAUGAGCGGGAGUGGGAGUUCCGCACGUCCAAGCACUUCGUGCCGUCCUCCAGCUUCAAAAGCCAAAUGAACACGGUGCUCAACCACAACAUGAGCUCCACUGUUCCCGAGUCCGCUGCCAAGCCGGUGGGCCUGCGGCUGUCGGAGCGCUCGUACCUCGGUAAUCUCAUGGGCGGCGGUGUGUCGGUGGCCGUGGAGUCACCACAGCACAAGCCCAUGAAGCGGCCAGGGACUGCCGCGCCGGCGUACCGCACGGACCGCGUCUUCGGCAUGGUGCCGGCGUCCAACCGACCGGAGGAGGAGCACCAAUACGCCCUUGUGUCCACGGCACGCCGGGACGUGUUCGUCAACACCGGGCGCCCCAGCACGGCGCCCGCGUGCGUGCUGGUCGGCAAGAAGACUCUGUCCCGCACCGGCUACGACCUCAGCCGUGCCGCACACGACGACGUGGUGCGGUACCGCCACUCGGGCGGCAUCUGCCCCGCAGAGUACAAGCUGAGCACCGAGCGCCCCGCCGCGCCGCAGCGGGCCGCCGCCGCCGCGCCGACGCCCGAGUCCAAGGCCAGCUUCUUCGCCGCUCGCAGCAGCUACCAGGUCAACCGGGCGCGCGGCCACAUGUCGGACAUCCUCAUGGGCCACGCCUGAGCACCGCCUGGCUGCCGCCCCCUGUUGCUCUCCGUCCGCUCUAAGAAGCUGCAUGGGGCCGGCCAUCGCGCGUUGCGGACCGCCUGCGCAUUUGCAGUCCGAAGGUGCAUGACUGUAGCGGAUGUUGCGAAGUCGGGUCCACGUAGGGGCACACGCUCCGCCGUCCAUAGCUAUUGAUUGGAAGCUAGCAAGGCACGCAGAUGCACUAGCAGUAGGGAUUAGUGGGUUAGGCACGUGUGGCGGCAUCGUGCAUUAGGAAGAGCAACAGGAGGACAGCAAGGAUAGGUGCGGUAAGAGGAGAACGGCACGGACAUGCACACGUGCCAGGAACUCACCGGCGAAAGGUUCAGAUGCCUGCCUGAGGCUGAGCUCUGACAAGCGCUGAAUAUUUGUUGCUGCUGUGGGCUGCUGUAGUACUUGCACUGGGUAUGCGGUUUCCUAACAGGUGCAUUCCCAAACACGUACUUUGCGUUGUUUGCUAUGAAUGAUUGGUGUCUCCCCGAGAAAACCGAAUUCGCCGUC